AUGGCGGAUACGCAAACAGAUCAAGCAGACUCAGGUCCAGCCAAGAACGAACGUUCGCACGCUUCAUUUCCAGAUGUGGAAGACGAAGCAAGCGAUCGGACGAGCGACAGAGCCAGCGAUAAUGCGAGCGAAACGAUUGUCCAAGAGGGAGUUCUCGCCAAAAUUCCCAAUGUUGCCAACGGCAGCGACAACAAACCACCUGAACCUGAAGUUCAGCCACUGUAUUCCAUCUACACGUCCAGACAGAAAGGCUACAUUGUCUUCAUGUCUGCACUCGGUGGCUUUUUCUCCCCGUUGUCCGCAAACACAUACCUGCCCGCAACGCCGAGCCUCGCAAGCUACUUGGGCGUAUCGCCGUCCCUGAUCAAUUUGACUGUGACAGCGUUUCUGCUGUUUCAAGGUUUGGCGCCAUCCAUCUAUGGCGAUCUUGCCGACUUUGCGGGCCGUCGCCCAGCAUAUCUGCUGUCAUUCGUUGUUUAUGUCGCGGCCAACAUCGGACUAGCUACGCAGUCCUCGUACGCAGCAUUAUUUGUCUUGCGAUGCCUUCAAAGCUCAGGUUCCGGCGGUCUUUACGCGUUGAACAGCGGUGUUAUUGCAGACAUUGCAACAUCAGCCGAACGUGGCAAGUACAUGGGCGCAGCUCAGAGCGGAAUUAUGUGCGGUGGCGUAUACCUCAUUGUCUACGCCAUCUUCGUACCCGAAACCUCCCGGAACGUAGUAGGAAACGGCUCCAUCCCUCCUCAAGGAGUCCUCGGCCAAUCAUUAUUGCAAAAAUGGCAGGCGCGUCGAGCGGCGCAAGAGCAAGGCGGCGGGAAAGCCUACGAGACAUUAUCAGGCGAAUCGCGGAAGUUCCGCUUCCCAAACCCGCUCAAGGCACUCUUGAUUCUCGGCGAAAAGGACUGCGCAGUCAUCCUUUUCUACAACGCCAUCAUUUAUGCCGCUUGGUACACCGUCACGGCCAAUCUGUCGAAUUUGCUGUCCACGCAGUAUGGUCUGGAUGCCCUGCAGAUCGGCCUCUGCUACAUUCCCUUCGGCGCGGGUGCAGCCAUCUCCAUCAUGGUAAACGGCUACAUCCAAGACCGCAGCUACGCCAAAGUCGCACGGGCGAACGGCUUCCCCGUCGAGAAAAAGCGCGGCACAGACCUAACCCACUUUCCGAUCGAAAAAGCCCGCAUGGCGUCCGUCUGGCCGUUGAUCUACGUCGGCGCAGCCGCAACCAUCGGCUUCGGCUGGGCCAUCGACCGGCACGCGCACCUCGCCGUGCCGCUGGUCAUGACCUUUUUGAUGGCGCUGUGGCUGACGGCGGUGUACAAUUCGAUGAACAUCUUGUUGGUGGAUUUGUAUCCGAAUUCACCUUCGACUGCGUCCGCGGCGAAUAAUCUCGCGCGUUGUACCAUGGCUGCUGGCGGGUCGGCGGUGAUCGAGCCAAUGAUCCAGGCGAUGGGGGUGGGUUGGGCGUAUACUUUUGUUGGACUGUUAAUUGCCGCGUUGAGCCCGAUGAUUGUAGUCGUGGUGAGGUAUGGACCUGGAUGGCGGAGGGAGCGCGCAGUCCGGCUGCAGAAAAGGAAAGAGGCCAAAGAGCAAGCGAAGAAGCAAGAGUGUUGA